GACUCCAUUUAACAUCCCUGAGAGCUGGGGGUGGAUCCGGUUUGGGCAUUGCCAACUUCUUUGGGACCUCGUUCUUCUCCACUGUAAAGGGCCGGACCGGAACAGUCGGACUUCUCUGAAGCGCGGGAGCACGUCCUGUGGGGCUGACCUCCUCAGCCUCCCAGCCGCCUCACGCGCCGCCGCCGCCCCGGUCUGCGGGACCGCGCGGCGUCUUUUCCGCCUCGGCGCUAUGGCUCCGUCUAAGAAGGCCUCGGGCCGUACGACUAAGAAGAACGCGGUACGGGGCCGAAAGCUCGCAUCCUUCCUUAAGGACUUCGACCGUGAAGUACAAAUUAGAUCGAAACAAAUACAAUCAGAUGCCCAGAACCUCGUCAAAGAAGUAGACAAUCUUUACAACAUCGAAAUCCUUCGACUUCCCAAAGCUCUUAGAGAGAUGAAUUGGCUUGAAUAUUUUGCCCUAGGAGGAAGCAAACAGGCCCUGGAAGAGGCAGCAACAGCUGACCUGGAUAUCACUGAGAUAAAUAAGUUGACAGCUGAAGCUAUUCAGACACCCUUGAAAGUCGUCAAAGCAAAGAAAGCAGCAAAAGUGGCUGAGAUGAUUAGAGAAGAAGAAACUGAAAAUAUUAAUCCUCAAAUUACAAAGGCAAAGAAGUGUCCAACAACCAAGAAGAGGGCUCAGUCAGUGCGAGCAAAUGGCAGGAACAAAAGGUCAAACCAAAGUAGUCUUCUUACUCCAGCCAUGGGCAGAACUGAUUUCUCCAUAUUAGGACCAACUCCAGGCCUGACACCCAGGUUUGAUUCCAGGAUCUUCAAGACCCCAGGCCUACGUACUCCUGCAGCCAGAGAGAGAAUAUACAACAUUUCUGUGAACGGCAGCCCCCUGGCUGAUAGCAAUGAGGUCUUCCUUACUGUGCCAGUGGGUGGAGGAGAGAGCAUGCGCUUAUUGGCCAGUGAUUUACAAAAGAUGGAUCUAGCGCAUCUGGAUCCAGAGGCCUUGGGAAACAUUAAGAAGUUAUCUAAUCGACUUGCUCAGAUUUGUAGUAGCUUUCGGACCCAAAAAUGAAGCAACUGAAAUUUUUCAAGAAGUCCAAGCCAGUUAUUAUAGGACUAAACAUGUGCAGCUUUGCCAUCUUCAGAGGAUUUCUUCAGGCUCCUCGUUUAUUUGGGUCCAAAGUUUUUGUAAAGGGAUUGACCGAUCUUUUGACUGGAGGGAUAGUAGAGAUCAUGGAAAUACGCGUGCCUUUCUUCUCAUCCCUCUUCUACCAAAACCCUCAGGGCAAAAAGUUAAGGAAGACUGCUUUGUGUACAGCCUCUCUACCUGCCACAGCAGCUGGUCAACCUCCGGCAUUUCCUUUCCCCAGGAGGGGCUGUAGCAGCAAUGGGAUCUGUACAACCAUGCUGCCACUACUACUAGCUAAGUUUUACAUCCUGCUGUGGUUCAGCAUCUGGACUCUGAGGAUCCCAAAGACUUUUCCUUUCUCUCCCUUUCCCUUGGGUGUUACCCAUGUGCCCCACACUGGGGUUGAACAAGUAAACCUUGGCAGUGGAAGUGAGUAUGGCAAGGAUAGUGGUGGUGCUCAACUGCUGGGGAGCCCUCCAGCUUGCCUUCAACCAAUUCUGCUGUUUUGUUUAUUUUUAGGACUGCAAAUUUUUGUCAGAGUUUUGGGCACUUAGGGCAAUGGUACCACGUGCCACAGGAACAGAACUUUGGCUGCAAGGGCGGGGAAACUGCAGCAGCUGCAGCAUGUUCCUAACGACCUGUAGCAGUAGCCCCUUGUGUCUCUCUUCUUCCUCUCUUCUGACCAAAUGUAUUGGGAAUUCUUUGUACUUAUACUCAAUAAAUAAGUUUUAAUGGUCACAA